UGACCCAUUACGUCACACGGCUUCAACGGGAAUUUCCUCACUCGACUCGAAUGUUUCUUCCAUUUGAUGUACUUCAACAUUUUGCACAAAGUCUUAUGAUGAUUCUCACGUUGUUCACGCAUCACGUAUUUAUCAACGUUUUCAACAUCUUAUUGCUAUCAACGGAUGUACAAGCAGAAAAGCAGUGCUACAGUAAGAGCCAAUGCGCUGACAAUUGUGAGCCAGGCUUUUUUGGAUUCAUGUGUCAGUACGUGGAUUUCGGAUAUCACUCGAACUCAAGCCAAACAGGACUAUUCGACGGAGAUGACGACACCUGCGCCACCAUCAAUAUGGGAGUCAUUAUGGUGACGUUCAGUGAGACUCAUCUUGUAAAGUUCCUGCGAGUGAAUUAUUUCAAAAAAGAGAAAGAGCUCAAUGACUUCAUGAUGCUUGAGAUGCAUAACGCUGACCACGAGGAUAUUGUUGACUGUAAUGUUGCGCUGUCCGUCGCUCGCUACCCUAACGAGUUUGACGUCUACUGCGGCGAGGGUGGCCCAGUGACUAGUAUGGAAAUCACCAUGCUGGACACUGCCACAAUUUGCAGCAUCUACGUUAGCCCAGGCAGGCUUAUUUUAGAGAGCAUUGUGGUACCACUGCCUCAGAUCAGAGUAGAGACCACCCCUGCACCAGCAUGGUCAAGCACAAGCACGAAGUCAAACCAUAACACCACCCCUACACGCGCUGCCCUGGAGCUGACCAGCGAGGCGAAGCUUCACUCUACGUCUGAGGCUUCGUCUAGCUUUCCUUCCACGUGGACUCCAGAGACAUCGUCGCCAAGGGAGGACACUACAGGGGUGGACGUCAGUGAAGUUCACAGCGGUCAGCUCCAGUGGGACGUCACCACAUCGGAGAUCAUCGCCAAUAAAACGAUAAUGAAAUCCACCAACCAGACAAAACAGAGAAGAGAGGUAGACAGCAAGUGUAUCCCAUUUAACGAAUCGACGCAGCAAUAUUUUCAACUGAUUCUGCCUUACUCAGUGGUGAUAACAGAAAUCAUACUCUGGGGAUUAAACAAAAAUUUAGGUGCGGGAGAAACGCGGUACUUCUAUGUCUCGACCUUCGACGUCUCCCGCACACAAGUAUCAAAGGAGAUUCGCUUCACCAACGUUUCCAUAUUUAGCAAAACAAUCCACUACGCCAAUUGGACUAACACCCCCAUCAGCAUGGUACAGUUUCACGGAGGACUGGUACUCACCAACCACGUGGAUGAGUUAUGUGGCGUGAAGAUAAUAGGAGACUGCUCCAAUGGUUUCUAUGGGCGGAGGUGCAGCAUCGCCAACCAUUUCACGUGCUUUAACAAAGGGAGUGACAUAGAGACGGGUGUUUGCUUGAGCUGCGGUCAGCGGAACGUGAAGGCGGAGUGUAAUGUAGGUCCUGAUGAAAUGUGCGGCCAUCAUAAAUAUGGCUCAGAUUGCAAUUUAGCUUGCUUUUCUUGUAUGGGUGGGCAAUGCGAGAGGCAUACUGGCCGCUGUAUAGGCGACUGUUCCUCUUUUGUGGCUUGUAAUUCAAAAAGUAAAUGUCCCUUGUUUAAAUUUGGCGACGAAUGUCAGUCUGAGUGCAAGUAUUGUUACAAAGGUCUCUGCGACAUAGAGACAGGGGAGUGUCUCAAAGGCUGUAGCGACAAGCGCUUUGGGAGCUACUGUGAAGACAGAUGCAGUGACAGGUGUUUGGAGAUGGAGUGUGAUAACGAGACAUUUGAAUGUUCCAAGGGGUGCGUUGGUACCUACACGGGAGGCAUAUGCGAUCAAAUGUGCAGCGACAACUGUGCCGGCGAGGGCAAAUGUAACCAACAGAACAGGUCAUGUCUUGAGGGUUGCUUGGGUGGCUAUGGAGAUAGCCAGUGUAUAGAAUCCAACCGAAACAAGAGUGUCUUCCUCAUACUCCUCCUCUGUUUGGUCACCUCGUUGUUCAUCUCAAUUUUCUUUUUCUACACAGGAGCUAAAGAGGAGGGUCUGCAACCUAUAAUCUACGAGUGAACCCCCCCUAUGUACAGUUCUAGCAGUUUCAAAAUUAUUCAUUAAAAGUAUUAUCAGC